AUGCUCUCGCUCGUCUCGACCGGUUUCCCCCGUGCCGUCCGCUCCGCUACAUCCCGUGACAAACGCCGACUUGUCCGCGUCCAUCCGCCUGUGCUCCGCCUGUUCUCCACGCGAUCGACCGCUGAAGUAGCAGCAGUGACAAGCAUCAAAGCUGCAACGACGGCAGUCGCAGCUGAGGAUGGUCCAGUAGCCAAUCACAUGACGCGAAACGACCGUCUGACGAUUUACAGCCAAUUAGGCAAAGCGCGUCUCAGUGCGCUCGUGGUCAUGACUACAGGUGCAGGCUUCCUCAUGGCGGGUGGCCCGAUCUCCUGGUGCACGUUUGCUGCAGCUACUGUGGGCACGUCCCUCGCUGCCGUGUCGGCCAAUACCUUUAACCAGUGCUGGGAAGUGGAGCUGGACGCCAAGAUGCAGCGCACCCAUCGCCGGCCGCUUCCGUCUGGACGCAUCUCGCAGUCCCACGCGCUCGCGUUUGGCGCUGCAACAGCCACGACCAGUGCCGUUGUCCUGGCAGCAGGAUGCAGUCCACUCGUGGCCUCCCUCGGCGUGCUGAACAUUGGCCUGUACUCGCUCGUGUACACGCCCAUGAAGAUGAAGAGCGAGUGGAACACGUGGAUGGGCUCGGUAGUGGGCGCGAUCCCGCCACUCAUGGGCUGGGCCGCCGCUACAGGCACGAUCUUGGCCCCAGAAGCUGCGCUGCUCGCGUGCUUGAUGUACUGCUGGCAGAUGCCGCACUUUUUUGCCCUGAGCUGGCGCUCGCGCAAGGACUAUGCGCGCGGUGGGUACAAGAUGGUGGCAUGCAGCGAUCCCACGGGCGCACGCAGUGCUGCGUUGGCACUGCGGUACUCGUACUACAUGAGUGCGAUCCCGAUUGCAGCUGCAUGGACAGGCGCCACGAGCUACAUGUUUGCAGUCGAAGGCACGGUCGUGAACGCGUACACCAUUUACCUUGCGCACAAGUUUUACGCAGAGCCUUCCAACGCUUCGGCACAGAAGGUCUUUUUGGCUUCGUUGUGGUACUUGCCUGUCAUUAUGGGGUGCAUGGUGCUGCACAGCCAGCAGUGGAUGAAUGACGACGAGACUGAAGCUAAGAAGAAGAACGACAGUGUAUGGCGAGAGGCGUUCCUAGGUGAGGUGGAGAACUUCCAGCCGCAAGAGUCGGCAGCACGCGUCGACGAGGACUCCAUGUCCGCGUGGCUGGUGAUGAAGGUGCGUGCUGUCCGCCGGCGCCUUCGGGAUAUGUGUAUCCACGAGAAUCUGUGGGGAGUGAAGAACGGCCGGCACCAGGCUGGCGAAUCGAACGUGCUUUGCCCCGUGCACGUUGGCCACAAAGCGAAAGAGACGGUGGCGAUCACAGCACAAGCUUCGAGGAAGGACUGA